GUGUUCCAGGUCCCGCCCGUCUCCCGCGCGCUUGAUGAGGCGAUUCGACGCGCCAUCGACUCGAAGACCAAGCCGCCGGGUGCCCUGGGUGUGGUGGAGGCCGUCGCCGCCCAGAUCGCCCGCGUUCAGAAUACCCUCACGCCCGAACUGCGAAGCUGCCGCCUGACCCUCUUCGCCGGUGACCACGGCAUUGCGGCCGAGUCCGUCUCGGCCUACCCCCAGGCCGUGACCCGGCAGAUGGUGGCCAACUUUCUUGCCGGCGGCGCCGCCGCCAACGUGUUCGCCCGGACCAACGGCGUGGAGCUGCAGGUGGUGGAUGCCGGCGUCGCCGGCGGCCCCAUCGAGGCGCCGGGCCUGGUGUCGCGGCGGAUCGCGGCGGGCACGCGCAACUUCGCGGUGGAGCCGGCCAUGACCGCGGAGCAAUGCGAAACGGCCUUGCGCGCCGGCGAGGCCCUGGGCGUAGCCGUGGCGGCGGACACGGCGGCCUUCGGCGAGAUGGGCAUCGGCAACACGUCCUCGGCCACGCUGGUGGCCCACAAGCUCACCGGUACGGCCCUCGACUCCCUGGUGGGCCGGGGGGCCGGGCUCGACGACGCAGGUCUGUCACGGAAGCAGGGCAUCCUGGAACAAGCGGCCCGGCGCACGGCGGCACCGCUCGACGCCCGUGACGCGCUACGGGAAUACGGCGGCUUCGAGAUGGUGAUGAUGGCGGGAGCCAUGAUGGGUGCUGCCCGGGCCGGGGCGGUGGUGCUGGUGGACGGGUUCAUCGCCAGCGUGGCCGCGCUGGCCGCGACGGAGAUGGCUCCGCCGCUGCGGGACUACCUCGUCUUCGGCCACCGGUCCGCCGAGCACGGCCACGGCGUGGUGCUGGCGGCCCUUGACGCCCGUCCGCUGCUGGAACUCGACAUGCGCCUCGGCGAAGGCACCGGCGCGCUGCUGGCGUGGCCUGUGCUCAAGUGCGCGGCGGCCAUGCUGUCCGAGAUGGCGAGUUUCGAGAGCGCCGGCGUGAGCGGUCCGGUCUGA